AUGAAGUUCACCAACGCUAUCCUCUUGUUUGGCGCCACUGCCCUCACAAAGCAAUCUUCUGCUGCGAACACAGACACAUGCUCGCAGCAGUUGCACAAGUAUCAGGCCGCUGAUCUAAAUGCUUCUUGUGCUUCAAACUCGGGCUCGGGGCCUUUUGACUACGGUCUUUCCAGCAAGGCAGUGACUGUUUACUGUGGAAAGUGGUACCGAAAGGAUGGAUUCAGAGUCUUAGAAAAGUCUACUUUCAGUGACUGUGUUGAUGAAUGCAUCUCGAACACACGGUGCAACAGUGUGAUCUAUGCCAGGGAAGGGCAAAGACCCCUCGGAGACAGGGGCAACUGUGUCUUGAACGCCUUUGGCCUCCCAGACUCGCCACCGAACCGCUCAGGAGCAGCAUGGAACGCGGCCUACAUCAAGUAA